UAGUUGUGGAACGUAACACGCUACUCCAUUCUCAUGAUAUUUUCUCUUCUCUUCUUUUCAGUUGGAACCAACUUGGUUUCUCCACCAAGAAGAAGCAAAAAAAAGAAGUAGAAUGGUUGCUAUACAUUGACUGCUUUACUUUUUUUCAGUUAACCCUGCUUUUGUGUGUUGGCUACAUUGUCAAAUUAGAUUCUGCCCACAUUAGUCUUGUACUGCAAAAGAAUUUUGACAAGAUUAUAUUUGAAGAAUAGUGGUAGUUUCUAUUUGAAGAUCAGCUUCUUAACAACAAAGGCCUGUUAAAUUUGGCUGUUCAUUGAGUGGGAAGACUAGGAAUGGUUAUCUCAACUAUGUAAUGAUAACCUCUUCUUAAUAUCUUCUAUAAACUUGCCAUUUCACUGAUAUUGUUUCUCAUAUUAACUGGCACCCCAAGCAUUUGUUUCUCCGUGUUACUUCUCAGUUGCAUUUAUUGUUAAUAGCAUAUGAGAGGUUACUUGACUGGUGGCUGGGCCUUUUUAUUGCAUCUGAAGUAAGUAGUUGUCUUCCUUUCUCCACUGUGAAGCAUUAUAAAAAUUUGGAAUUGCCGAUUUUUAUUUUCUUGCUUUGAAUGUGUAUGUUGCACUGCAAUUGGAUUUUCCCACCUGUUUAUUUAUUUUCCCCGCUGUUUAAUCCUUUGCCUUAUUCCCUAGGGUCUAGAUCAGCUUCGUUCUGGGCUUCUCCAGCAGCAAAAGUCAUUUAUGCAAGGUCCUCAGCCCUUUCAUCCACUUCAGAUGCUAACACCACAGCACCAGCAACAACUUAUGUUAGCACAGCAAAAUAUGACAUCACCAUCUGCCGGUGAUGUAGAAAGCAGAAGGCUAAGAAUGCUUAUGAAUAAUCGAAGCCUGAGUUUAGGGAAGGAUGGCCUUUCAAAUUCCGUUGGUGAUGUAGUUCCAAAUGUUGGAUCACCUUUGCAAGCUGGUUGCCCUGUUUUGCCACGUGGAGAUCCAGAUAUGAUAUUCAAGUUAAAAAUGGCACAGUUACAGAACAGUAAUCAACAGCAGCAGCACCUUCAGCAGCAUUCCCUUUCAGGUCAGCAACCUCAGAAUUCAAAUCACAGUAUUCAGCAUGAUAAAAUCGUGGGUGCUAGCAGUGUCACUGGGGAUGGAAGUGUCUCAAAUUCCUUUCGAGGAAAUGAUCAGGCUUCAAAAAACCAGACAGGGAGAAAGAGAAAGCAGCCUGUGUCAUCUUCAGGACCUGCAAAUAGCACAGGAACUGCAAAUACCGCAGGACCCUCUCCAAGUUCAGCACCCUCCACACCGUCAACUCAUACACCCGGAGAUGUCAUCUCCAUGCCACAUAGUGGUAGUUCUUCAAAGCCUUUGAUAUUGUUUGGCACUGAUGGGGCUGGCACUCUUACUUCUCCCUCUAAUCAAUUGUGGGAUGACAAAGAUCUUGUGCAGGCUGACAUGGAUCGUUUUGUGGAUGAUGGAUCUCUUGAUGAUAAUGUUGAGUCAUUUUUAUCUCAUGAUGACACAGACCCAAGGGAUACUGUUGGUCGUUGUAUGGAUGUUAGCAAAGGGUUCACAUUUACGGAAGUAAAUUCCGUUCGCGCUAGUGCAAACAAAGUUGUUUGUUGCCAUUUCUCAUCAGAUGGAAAACUUCUUGCUACUGGUGGCCAUGAUAAAAAGGCUGUGUUAUGGUCUGCGGAUACUUUGAAGGCAAAAUCUACACUAGAGGAACAUUCAUCGUUAAUUACUGACAUUCGAUUCAGUCCCAGCAUUCCACGUCUUGCAACAUCCUCGUUUGACAAAACUGUCAGGGUUUGGGACGCUGAUCAUCCUGGCUAUUCGCUUCGUACCUUCACGGGGCAUCGUGCAACUGUAAUGUCACUUGACAUCCAUCCAAAUAAAGAUGAUCUUAUCUGCUCUUGUGAUGGAGAUGGUGAAAUAAGAUACUGGAGUAUUAACGACGGUAACUGUGCAGNUUCGCUUCGUACCUUCACGGGGCAUCGUGCAACUGUAAUGUCACUUGACAUCCAUCCGAAUAAAGAUGAUCUUAUCUGCUCUUGUGAUGGAGAUGGUGAAAUAAGAUACUGGAGUAUUAACGACGGUAACUGUGCAGGAGUGUUCAAGGGUGGCACGAGUCAGAUGAGAUUUCAACCACGUCUUGGAAGAUAUCUUGCUGCAGCUGCAGAUAAUAUUGUAUCCAUACUGGAUGUGGAGACUCAAGCUUGUCAGCAUUCAUUACAGGGUCAUACAAAGCCAGUUCAUUCUGUUUGCUGGGAUCCUUCUGGUGAGUUCCUGGCAUCUGUCAGUGAGGACUCUGUUAGAGUCUGGACGAUGGGAUCAGGGAGUGAAGGGGAUUGUGUUCACGAGCUUAGUUGUAAUGGGAACAAAUUCCAUUCCUGUGUUUUCCAUCCUACAUAUUCUUCAUUGCUGGUCAUUGGCUGUUACCAGGCAAGUCGUUUCUGGUUUUUAGAGUCUCUGGAGCUUUGGAAUAUGAUUGAGAACAAGACAAUGACUCUUUCAGCACAUGACGGACUUAUUGCUGCCUUGUCUGUAUCAACAAUAACGGGCUUGGUUGCUUCAGCUAGUCACGACAAGAUUGUUAAGCUCUGGAAGUAAAAUUGUUGCUUCGGUGUGUCCUGUUAAAGCAGUGCUUUGUCUUCUGAGCCGGUUUUUUUGGGCAGUGUCUUUGCAAUUGUCAUAGUUUGUUUCUAUGUCAAUAGCCAAGUAUUAACGUCUUGUUCUGUAUCUUGUAUCUUUACUUGGUGUUCCAUGUAACCCCAAGACCAAGAAACUAACCCUGUAUCAUUGUUAUUGUCGCCACUGCUGCGAUCGUUGUUCCCAGUAAAGUUUCGGCUCAAUCUUUGGAUUUGUAAUAGUAUCUGUACUCGAUAUUUCGGUUUCAGUUGUGGUAUCUGUGGUAUUUGGUUAGUGAUUCCAUAAAUUUCUCUCUCUCUGGUUUUCUGUUUCUUAUGGAAAACAGUGUUUUACUCUUCAAUGUGAAUGAAUA